GAUAUUAAAUUAGGUUUAAGUACACCACAUGAUUAGUGAAGUUGGUAGCAAGGCAUCGGUGUGGUAAAGGCGUUUUCUUCUCAGUCUUCUGACAAGCGGUAAUGUAACAUGAGUAAAUUGCAAUCAGCUACAGUUAAAUCACAGCAUUCAGUUAAAGUUCCAAAAUUUUACAAAACAGCUGCAAACAUUGCGAAAAGGGCCAAGGAAGAACAUCGUAGUUUAAGGGAUCUGGUAUUCUGUGCUAACAAGCACCUGAAUAUUCGGGGAUUAUAUGCCUUAUUAAUUAAAACAUUCCAUCAUGAAGAUACAUUAGAGAGGCUCAUACAAAAAAGCAAAAUUCUAAAAGAAAGGAAAGUAGACCCAUGGCUGAUUAGAAUAUUAAUAACAGAGCUUCUGUUUGGGAAAAAAUGUCUCAGUGGAGAUAGCAAGCCUGUGCAAGCUGUUCUAUCACAUCAACCAAUAUUACUUGCAGAACUAAAAGAGGCAGAGACUGCAGGAACAGUCAGAUUGGAUUCUUAUCAGAAGAGAGACAGCAGACCACGAUAUGUCAGAGUCAACACCUUGACUCUGAAAGUCCAUGCUGCCAUUAACAUUUUCUGUAAUGAGGGAUGGAAACAAGUUUGUUAUAACCGGAUGUCAGAAGACUACUCAUCUUUCCUCCACAGGGUUGCUUCAUUGGCUAAUGAUGAAUUUAUUCAGGACUUGCACAUUAAAGAAAUGCUCAUAUUUCCAAAUAAGACGGAAUUUUAUACACACCCACUGUACCAAAAUGGCUCCAUCAUUCUACAAGACAAAGCAAGUUGUCUGGCAUCAUGGCUUCUCAACCCUCCACCAGGGAGUACUACUCUGGACAUGUGUGCAGCCCCAGGAAUGAAAACUACACAUCUUGCAUCCCUCAUGAAAAAUGAAGGCUUACUGUAUGCAGUGGACGCAGUUAAAGAUCGUUACGGGACUCUUUGCAAGCAGGUUGAGAAACAUGGUGCUACAUGUGUGAAGCCCUUGUACAUGGAUGCUUUCCAGCUUGAUGCAAAACAGUUCCCAGGUGUUCAGUACAUCCUGGUUGACCCCACCUGUUCUGGUUCAGGUGCGCUUGAAAUGCCCGAGGUAAAGAAUGAAAAGUGCAGUGCUUCACGACUACAGUCGCUGACUCGUCUACAGUGCAAGUUGUUGCGACAUGCCCUCACAAAAUUCCCUGAUGUAAAGCGUGUUGUUUACUCAACAUGCUCCAUUAACUGUGAAGAGAAUGAGAAUGUAGUGGAGCAAGUUUUAGCCUCUGUGAAUACUGAUCCUUCAAGUCCAGUUUUUGAAGUUGUUGACAAUAAACUCAAAAGUAAAUGGAUAUAUCAUGGUUCUCAAGAUUUUGAAUGGGGUCCUAGGUGCAUCUAUGCCACACCAGACGUUGAUUUUACCACGGGUUUCUUUAUAGCUGUUUUUGAAAAGGUUAAGCCAGAUGAUCAUGAUGAUGUUUUAAAGCCUAAGAAUAAGGAGAAGAAACAUAAAAAAAGAAAGAAACAAGAUUUUAAGUGAGGAAAACGGUGAAAGACGAGGAAAUGCUAUCAUCACCAAGCCGACAUUUGAAGAGAAUUCUGAUGUGGGAAUGCUGAGAGUAUGAAUUCUUCAGUUAUGUUUAUUGAUGACCGAACUGAUUUCAUUUUGUGUAUUUUGUUUCAGGCUUCAAUGUAUCACAUUUUUCUUAAUAAAUUAGUUGGAAUGACAGUAGGAAAACAUGAAUACAUUAACAAAGAA